GAACAACUGUUUUACCAUUCAAUGACAACAAUAUUUGUGUAGUGUAAUUUGCAUCUCCGAUAAGCUAUUUGGUACAAACAAACAAUCACUUCCAGACUAGGGUUUGAGAAAUGUAAUCAGUUAAGUAAGGGGUUUUUUCAGUUCACUUUAAACAAGUGUAAUUUGAAAAGCGAUUGACGUCAAUCGUAACUUCUUUCCAGACGCGCAGCAGGAGCGUUUGUUUGAGCAAGUGGCGGCUUCGAAAGAUUUCCGUUGAAACAGAUGUGUAGCGUUGGGUUAAUGUUCCGUUUUUCCUGUAAGCUAGUGAACAAAUUAUGCUGCACCUUGUUUUAUGCAUUUCGGAAUUAGUAAGCGUUUUUGUUUACAAAUCCAAUGGUUUAUGUAAUCGAAAUUAGCUUUAUUGACUGUAACCAAAAGCUUCAUGGAAAAUUCCUAUUUAAUACUAGUCUUGCCAAACUGUUGAAAGCUUUAUUUGCAAAUGUGUAGUGGCAUAUGUAACACCAUCUGCGUCAACAGCGGAUCUGCGAUCGUUGCAGCAGGGUACUGAGUGAAGAUCCGAAAUGCUUCUGCCUAUCAAAUACACGUCAAAGUGUGGUGUCUAAGUGCAAGUAACAAUUAUGGUAGCUAAAUCGCUCCUUUUCAGGCUGUGUAUGGUGCUCUUAGCGCUUAGUAGCAUCGAUGCCUAUUCACAGCAGGUGUAUGUCGCGUUUUUGCAUCCACUCAACUUCUUCGAGUCGUGGCAAGAGUGUAACAUUAACGGUGGAUAUUUGGCGUCGAUCGAAUCGCCGGCAGAGCAGGCUCUGGUGGAGAAAGCGAUGGCCAAAGCACGGAACCAAACGGCCGUCUAUUACGUUGGAGGCACGGCCAUCGGGCGCGAUGGUCGUUGGAUGUGGAUCGGGUUGAACAAAGAGUUUGCGCACCGUGGCUACAGGAACUUCUAUCACGAUGAGCUGAACAACAUUAGUCGUGGACAGAACUGUCUUACCGUUGGCAACUGGGAUAAACCCAACCGGGGUAAAUGGGAUGAACUGGAGUGCACAACCAAGGUCGAUGGGUAUAUAUGCGCUUUCCCUGUCGUUGCCGACUCUGCCUUCGUUGAUGCACGGGGAUAGUUCAACGAGUUAAAGAUUGGAUUGAUCGGGAAAUGGUUAUAUUGAAUACGAAUAAAUGGUCAUUGGAUUGAUAAUGUUGUAUGAAGUAUAAACCAUUAUUAACGUUUUUUUCCCACUGUGUCGGACACACCAUUUAGACAGUGUUAGGCAACGCAACUGUUGUGUGUUGUGUUGGAAGCGUCGUCAAAUGGACUCGUCGUCUUCGAAUUGCUUUCAACAGUACCGAAUUGAGGGACAAAAUGAUACCAGUUUAUAUAAAAUGAGAAAAAUUCAAAGCCUAAUAUCAUUUAUAUUUCUUUUCGCAUUAUUUUUAAUCAAUAUCAUUUGUUUCUUUCUAUGUUGUAUCUUGAAUAUUCCAUGUGAUUACUAUUUUACUAGUCCCAAGCCACA